AUGUACAAGGAAAUUAGAAAUUCGACUGAGCGAAAACACGAUGCUAGGGCACCUCAGGGAAGCUUUGUUUCACACAUCAGUCCACCCAUCGAGUCACAGCUGUUGUGA